CACCGAACCUCAGUUCGACGAAACGGCGCCAAACACUCUAGAAGCUCCAAUUCGCUCCUCUCAACAUCGGCGGAUCUUUGUAUUCAUACCAGUAUCCCGUUCUCUUCGCGUCCGGUCCUCACGGGCCAUCCGUCACCAUGGCAUCCAAUAUCAUGAACGCCGUCAAAAUCCUCAAAUUCGGCAAGAAGGAGAUAUACCUACCCCGCUUCACCAUCGCCCUAGUCCGCAGCCACAAACUCCCGCCCAACUUCGCAAAAUUCAAAGUCCCGCUCAACUUCUCCAAAUUCGAUCUCCGUGACUACCUCUUCCACGCCUACAACGUGCGCGCCCUCUCCAUUCGCUCGGCCGUACGACAAAUGCCUGUGCGGCGCACGCCCGUAUCAGACGACAAUGAUACCUUUUGGCGCCCCGAGGCGGAGAAGUAUAUGACGGUGGAGAUGGAGAGGCCCUUUGUGUGGCCGGAGGAGCCGAAGGAGGUUAAGCCAUGGGGCGAAGUCAAUAAGAAUACGAAGGAGAACCGGUUGUUUGACGAGAUGGACGAGGAAACCUUGAUUGAGGAGAGGGAUGCGUGGAGGGAACAGGCGAGGAAGAUAGUGGCCGGGAAGGCGGCGGGUUUGAAGGCGUGGGAGGAGCGGAGGACGGAGAAGUAUAUCACGGUGGAUGAGCCAGGGUACAAGAUCAGGAUAUAAUGGCCCAUGAGGUUAGAGGUGGACCGACAGUCUGCAUUGGGCGUCAGAGGUGGGCGUUCAGUGCUUUUUCUGUUUCCUUGUAAGAUAUGUAACUCUGGGGAGGCGAUAGAUCUGUUGGGAAUCGUUCUUGGUAUCAAACAUCGAACGCGAUAUUUAGAGGGAGUGCACCACAUCCAGGUGCUCGUUUAUAUUCGAGUCUACUACUUUCUCCGCACAUAUCG